AGGUGUCUCACCUUCCCAGCGACGCUCUUAUUACCGAGAAAGACGCCGGUGUCCUCAGAGCGCGCCGGGCCAUCUUACAUAAGUGCGGCUCCUUAUCAAGGUCCGGUGCGUAAAAACACGGCGCGCUGGACACGCAAACGGUUCCCGUCAGAGAUCCUACAGAGAAGAAGAAAAAAAAACCUUGUGGAUAUCUAAGUGCUUGGAUUCUUUUUUUUCUUUUUUUCUUUCUUUUUUAAAAAAAAUCUCAGAGCCGUCUCUCUCUCUCUCUCUCUUGGUGGGUUUAUCGUACAUGCCAAAGCUGGGGACUGGAGGACAACAGGCUACAGCGCGAGGCUUCACAGUUUUCGCCACAAUAAUUGGUUAUCGGAUGGACCAGCAUCCCAGCGCCCGGAGCUGCACCAGUCGCGGGGCUUCGUCCUGCGAAGCCGUCCCGACUGAGCCCUCCAUGAAUCUGUACAUCCACUCCACCACCGGCACACGCUUCGAGCUCUCCCUGCCCCUGGAGGAGACCGUGGAGGGACUGAAGAGGAGGCUGUCGCAGAAACUCAAAGUACCCAAAGAGAGACUCGCUCUGCUGCACAAAGAAACGCGACUAAGUUCAGGCAAACUCCAGGAUCUAGGCAUCUCUGAUGGGAGCAAGUUAACACUUGUACCAACCGUAGAAGCAGGAUUAAUGUCUCAAGCAUCAAGACCAGAACAGUCAGUCAUGCAAGCCUUGGAGAGUUUAACAGAAACUCAGGUCAGUGACUUCCUGUCCGGCCGCUCCCCCCUCACCCUGGCACUGCGCGUCGGCGAUCACAUGAUGUUCGUCCAGCUCCAGCUGGCGGCGCAGCAGUCCGGCGGUCCCCAGCUUCAGCACAGACACGUCAUCACCCGGGGCAGCACGGAGACCGCAAUGGGACAACCCAGGGCAGCCCCGUGUGCCCCACCCUCACCCGCACUCCCACCACCACCCACAUCACCCGCACAGUCACCCCAGCUCCCACUUGUCCCAGCCUCACCUGGUCCCUUCCUCACCAUCUCCCCCGGGCUCCCCCGCCUUCCCCCUGCCCACGACACACCACCAGCCGCUCCCUCCCAUCCCCCCUACUCCUCCUCCUCAACCCCACUCCCCUCCACCAACAGCUCCAGCAGUGGCACCAGUCCCUCAACGCGCUCCCGUAAGCCUGGCGCCAUCAUUGAGAGUUUUGUCAACCACGCUCCCGGAGUCUUCUCAGGGACCUUUUCAGGCACUUUGCACCCCAACUGCCAGGACAGCACCGGGCGCCCCAGACGAGAUAUUGGUACCAUCCUGCAGAUCCUCAACGACCUCCUGAGCGCCACACGCCACUACCAGGGCAUGCCCCCGUCCCUCACACAGCUCCGCUACCAGACCCAGUGUGGCUCGCCCACCUCCCCGUCCCCGUCGCCGCCUCCCUCGCCCCCAGUUGCCGGCGUGACGGGCCUCUCUGCCAAAGCUACCUCUGUGCCCGCCAGCGUCCCUAGCAGCCCUCCGCCGACUCUUCAUCCACUGGUGCAGUGCCAGAGCCAGAUCCGCAUGUGCAAACCCCCUGGUGACCGUAUCCGUCAGACCGAGAACCGUGCAACCCGCUGCAAGGUGGAGCGCCUGCAGCUGUUGAUGCAGCAGAAGCGCCUGCGCAGAAAGGCCCGGCGGGACCAGCGUGCCCCUUAUCAGUGGCUGCCCAACCGGAAGGCGGGGCGCAGCAACAGCAACAGCAGCAUGUCCAGCGAGGGCUCCCUGGACCUGGACUUUGACGAUUCAGUGUGGAAGCCCGACGUCAAGGCCGACCUGAAGUCCGAGUUCGUCAUGGCCUAAACCCAUCCAAACCCUUUGCUGGGGGUUGAAGAGUUUCAAAGACGGGGGCAAAGCAUUUGCUCGGGAUUUACUUUAAGAGAUGUAUUUUGAGGGAGCGGAUCGACAGGAGGUGACGCAGUACUGUGCAAAGAGGAAAUCAAAGUCAGCCUCGCGACUGGCAUCUGUCACACGAGAGAGAGAGAGAGAAAAAAAAAGAGGCUCCCUGUAGACUUUAAUCCCAUUCUGUCAUUCACACUUGACCUUGUGGAAAAAAAACAAACAGCAACAAUAGCAACAGAACUUUCUCUUGAUGCUUGGAUUGAGACUGGACUUAUCAGUGUACAAGACUUUUCUACGGCGCGAUUACAGAGGCCGUACCCGAACUCGAGCAUAGCAGAAUCCAGCGGGUGGUGGGGCGUGGUGGUGGUAUUUACAGAUUUUUUUGUUUGUUUGUUUUUUUUGUGUUUUUUUUUUUUUUUUUUCAAAGCGCACUCUGGACAGCAAUGAAGAGAUCCACACUGGACUUUUUAACCGAACAGGAGCACCAGAGUGACCUCAGUGUUUCCUAAUCACAAGAAAGGCAGACCUGCCGAACUCUGGAUUAUUCCAACGGGCAUUCUUAUUGAUCUCAAAAAAAACAAAAAACAAAAACGCACCGACCAGAGUCUAGUUUUUAACCUGUUACGGGGUGGUUAAACUUUCUUUUUUUUUGUUUUGUUUCGUUUUCUUUUUUCUUUUUCAUUUUGAAACAUAUUAUAUUUUGUAAACAAAAAAAAUAUGUAGCAUUGUUCACAAAAGCAUUCAGGUUUUCAUAUAACAGUUCAAAGUAGUUGUUGAUUUGCACAUUUUCUUGAUUUAUAACAGCUGGUCAAUGUGUGCAAGUAAAAAAAAAAAAGAGGAGGUGGGGCCUGAUAUAGAAUUUUAAAAAGAAAAUGAUUAUGGAAGUAUUGAUAUCAACCUCAGUGACAUAGGGUAUCGAUAGGAACGAUUAAUGAAUACACAAAAAUGAAUUAAUAUUAACAGAAAGUGCUUUAGAGGAUUUUAAAAUCUUUAAAAUGUAUAUGGAAAAAGUAAAACAGAUAUAUUUUUUAUUUCUCUUCCUAUCUGCUGUUUUCAAAAGACAGCAGCCCUCUGUGGCUUCGGUCGAGUCUCUGGACUACCGACAAACAUCCGUUCAAUCAUUCAUCAGCUCGUUCGUGAAUUGUAGUCGUCUAGCCGCAAAACAAAUGAUACGGAGAGAUCAGUUCCAUCCGGACCACCGUCAAGUCUUACAGACCCCGAAUGGACUCGUUCGUGGGGGUUUGUAUUAGUUGUGUACAUAAAUGUGACAAUUGGCAAGAGGUUUAUGAGGGUGUUUGUCCGUUUGACUUUAAGUUUAAAUUAAUUUUUCUGUCUGAGUUCUCCCAAAUAAUCCUUCACUUUUCUCAAAAUCCAGAUGAUCAGUCGCACUGAAAGUAUGGGUCCCUACUUUAUAUCACAGACAGGAUUAAAAAAAAAACAAAACUCCACAGUUUUAGGCCCAUCUGAUGUGUACCUUUCUACCACAAGUCCUCAUAGUAACGACUCUAUUUUUUUAUUGGCAAAGAGGGAGAAGAGGUGGGAUCCGUAUCCAGCAUCAUUAUCUAUCUAGUGCCUCCACCGGUGCAUCCAUUGACAUAUCAGGUUAGGCCUUUCACAGUUCCGCUGCUACACACGGGGGGACUAGAGAUGAACAUGAAAAAAAACAUAAAUGAAUGAAAAAGAAGCGAGAAGGGAGGGGAAAAGUGACUUUUCUUUGCAUGCAGAAGUGUGACUCGACACUGAUCUCUUUUUCUAUCAAUGGAAGAAUAAAAAAUACAAAAAAACAAAAGAAACUGGUGCUGGGGGGGGGGAAUGAAGGUUAACAACAUGCAUGAAUUUGUGAAGAAAAUAAACAAUGCUGCUUUUUGUUGGUAACAUUUUGUUUUGUUUUUGUUUUGUUUUUUCGUUGUCAUUUGUUUAACUUUCCGAUGUUCGAACAACGGUGUCCUGCUAAAAAAAAAACAAAAAAAAACAAAAAAAAAAAAGUAUUACGACGCAAAAAAACCAAAACGGAUGAAGUUACGUGUGGACUCUUGACGUGUCUUGCUCAGCACUGAACAUUCCUGUUGUGUGACAAUGAAGAUGAUGAGCAAGAAGAGCAACGGACUCUCUCUACUACCCGAACGCUGUUUUUUUUUUUGUUGUUGUUGUUGUUGUUACCCCCCGUGACUCUCAAGGACCCAGACAGCCUAAGAAACUGUUCAGCCACCUCCCCCUCCCUCUUUUUCCUCCCAAGGCCCCGAACGCCGACCGAUGUGGGGGGGCUCGCGUGGACGUACUCUCGCAGGGAACCAACAGACCAGCGGAUUUACAGUACUGUCCGUCAGAAAACCUCCUCUAGAGAAGCGUCCGGUCCGCCUCUUUAUCCGUCUGUCCGUCUGACCGAUCGACCACCCUACUACCACAAUUGCACUCCCAGAGAUUGCAGUGAGAGAUUACCUUUUUUUGGUGAACCUCAUCUUUUUUUUAAGUGGCCUUACCUUUCACUAAAAAAAAUGAGACACUUGGGGACAAUGGGGGCGGGAAUGUUUUCUUCAUUUCGUUUUUUUUUUUUUUUUUCUCUCUCUCUUUUGGUUUCUGUGUGCAUUGUUGUCGGAACUUGUUGUCAUCAAGGCACCAUUUUCUUUUAUCGCUGAGGACACUGGGCAUCUGUCGUUUAGUGCUUUUAGCUGGUGGAGUCUCUAUUAUGUCAAAGGCUUCUGUGCCUUAAAAAUGUUGCCCUUGCUGUGUCAGUGUCAGACUUAAAGCUUGUUUUUCAUUGGUCGGUACAACAGGAGCGUAGUAAAUCCGCAGCCAUCAGAGUGGUAGAUUUUUUUUUUUUUUUUUUUUUAGGGGUAAAGCUUGUUUGAGUGAAUGGAAUGCAAUUCGAAAAAAAAAAGUUGGUGUUGUUCCUCAAAUACUGUCUUUGUCCCACUUUCUCCAUUGUGUUGCCAUGCUUGUUGGUCACUGUUGUCCGAAAAAACAAAAAAACACAAAAAAAAAAACCCUCACGUCCCUCUCAGCUCAGUCCUCCCUCCAAAAAGCUGCAAAAAGCUACAAAUCUGUGUGACUUCUGUUACUCGAGGCGUUUACACCACAGUACUUAAGGAGGCACGAAACAGCCCCGAUUCAGAAUAAGAAUAAGAAAAAGGUCCUCUGAGGACUCCAGACUACAUGCACUUCCUGUUUUCUUGGAUACGACAUUAUUAAAAAAAGGACAAUUUAUCCCCUGCCCCUCCUAAAUUUUUAAUUUAAUUUCUUUUUGUAUAUGUAUGAACUAUACUCUGUGUGUGCCUCACUUCUGUGUUGAACUCGAAAAAGAUGAAACAAAAACAAAAAAGAUGACAAAAGCAUUACAGAGAGGAUUAAAAAACGGUAUAUCGGUGGAAUUCUGAUCACGUCAUUUAAGUUGCCUGUUUUUUCUUGUAGCCAACUAUUGAAAAUAACAGGAUUCAAGAAUACAAUUUACAAUGUUCUAGCUCUAGACCGGUGUAGCACAUGUGUGACUGUAUUAAUUUAUGAAACCAAAAUGGUAACUGUGAAUUAUGUAUUUCUUUGUGCAUUUUUUUUUCUUUUUUUUUAAAGCAGGGGAGAAAGGUUGUCGGGACACGGCAGCAGCUGAUGCCCGUGUCCGAAAAAAACUGUUUUUGUUUUUUGGUGGAAUAUAAUGGAAACAAUGGAAAAAAAAGUGUUUCCGAAAAACGAAAAAAAAGACAAAAAAAUGAAAAAAAAAAUUGAAAAAAAGAUGAAAAAAAUAUAUAAAUAUAUUUUUUUUCUUAAGCAAUACAUUUCAGUGUGACUUGUGAUAGAACAUUUUCUUUUUUUAGGUAAUAAAUAAAUAAAAAACAAAAUGAGUACGUCA